CCCUCUCGACUUCUAGGCGUCCCCGCAGCUGUUAGUCGGCGCGCGGAAACCAUGGUUGGAGGGUUGGCGGGGACCUGGGCUGUGUUUGGCCCGCUUCUUUGGGGCUGCGGGCUGGCGCUGCAGGGCGGCAUGCUGUACCCCCGGGAGAGCGCGUCGCGGGAGCGCAAGGAGCUCAACGGCCUCUGGAGCUUCCGCGCCGACUUCUCCGACAAUCGGCGCCAGGGCUUCGAGCAGCAGUGGUACCGCGCGCCGCUGCGGGAGUGGGGUCCUACCCUGGACAUGCCUGUUCCCUCCAGCUUCAAUGACAUGGUCCAGGAUGAGCGGCUGCGCAGAUUUAUCGGCUGGGUGUGGUAUGAACGGGAGACGAUCCUACCCCAGCGAUGGACCCAGGACCUGGGCACAAGAGUGGUGCUGAGAAUUGGCAGCGCCCACUACUAUGCCAUUGUGUGGGUGAAUGGGGUCCAUGUGGCAGAGCACGAGGGGGGCCACCUUCCGUUCGAGGCGGACAUCAGCAAGCUGGUCCAGAGUGGGCCCCUGUCCUCCUGCCGCAUUACCAUCGCCAUCAACAACACGCUCACCCCCCACACCCUGCCACCAGGGAACAUCAUCUACAAGACGGAUACUUCCAAGUACCCCAAGGGUUACUUUGUCCAGAACACAAACUUUGACUUCUUCAACUAUGCUGGACUUCACCGGCCCGUGCUCCUCUACACGACGCCCACCACCUACAUUGAUGACAUCACCAUCACCACCAACGUGGACCAAGACACUGGGCUGGUGUACUACCAGAUUUUCAUCCAGGGCAGUGACCACUUCCAGCUAGAAGUGUAUCUUCUGGAUAAGAAUGGCAAAGUCGUAGCCCAGGGGACUGGGGGACAGGGCCAGCUGCGGGUGCCCAGUGCCCACCUCUGGUGGCCGUACAUGAUGCAUGAACACCCUGCCUACCUGUACUCGUUGGAGGUAAAGCUGACUGCACAGACGGCAGCUGGGCCUGUGUCUGACUUCUACACUCUCCCCGUGGGGAUUCGCACUGUAGCUGUCACAAAGAACCAGUUCCUCAUUAAUGGGAAACCUUUCUAUUUCCAUGGGGUCAACAAACAUGAGGAUGCAGACAUCCGAGGGAAGGGCUUUGACUGGCCACUGCUGGUGAAGGACUUCAACCUGCUUCUGUGGCUUGGUGCCAACGCCUUCCGUACCAGCCACUACCCCUAUGCGGAGGAGGUGAUGCAGCUCUGUGACCAGUACGGGAUCGUGGUCAUCGAUGAGAGCCCUGGCGUGGGCAUCGCGCUGGUCCAAAGCUACAGCAAUGUGUCUCUGCAGCACCACCUGGAGGUGAUGGAGGAGCUGGUACGCAGGGACAAGAAUCACCCAGCUGUUGUCAUGUGGUCUGUGGCCAAUGAGCCCACUUCCUUCCUGCAACCUGCAGGUUACUACUUCAAGACGCUGAUCACCCACACAAAAGCCUUGGAUCCCACCCGGCCCGUGACCUUUGUGACCAACGCCAACUAUGAAGCAGACCUGGGGGCACCAUACGUGGAUGUCAUCUGUGUGAAUAGUUACUACUCCUGGUAUCAUGACUACGGGCACCUGGAGGUGAUUCCGCUGCAGCUGGCCACCCAGUUUGAGGACUGGUAUAAGACCUAUCAGAAGCCAAUUAUUCAGAGCGAGUAUGGGGCAGACUCUAUUGCAGCAUUUCACCACGACCCGCCGUUGAUGUUCAGUGAAGAGUACCAGAAAAGUCUGCUGAAGCAGUAUCAUUUGGUUCUGGAUGAAAAACGCAAAGAAUAUGUGGUUGGAGAGCUUAUCUGGAACUUUGCUGAUUUUAUGACAGACCAGUCACCACAGAGAGUAUUAGGAAAUAAAAAGGGGAUCUUCACUCGCCAGAGACAACCAAAAAGUACAGCAUUCCUUUUGCGAGAGAGGUACUGGAAACUUGCCAAUGAAACUAGGUACCAGCCGUGGGCUGCGAAGUCACUGUGUGAGAAAGGGCCCGUUUACUCAGUAAAGCAAGAACUACCUCUUCACUGACACCAGCUGCCGGCCCAUCCUUCCCAAGUGCGGCCGACGGUCUACAGCAAACAGAGUGCCUCCUGGACUGUGGGUGACAGACCAGGAAGUUUCUGGUCUGGAUUUUGUAGUAAUUUGCUAGAAGGGAACAUUAGAGGUAAAAAUAAAGGCUUUUGCAGUAUGAGAACUAA